AUAAAUUUAGUAUAUAAAAUAUGUCACAAAAGCCAAAUAAUGUGCUGCGUGCAAAGGAAAAUGCAUUACCCAAGACAGGAACUGUCAAUGGUGCUGCAAUUGCAAUGCAGAAAAACCAAUUGCUAGCGAAAAAGCCAACAAUUGAAAAAGUGGCGCCUAGCUGCAGUAAAGCUGCCGCACAGUUUGCGAAACCCACAAUGAAGCCCAUGGCCGCUUCACUACAAAAACAACAAAAUGCAGCAGUGGCUCCCGCAGCAGAAGUUACGAAAAAUGUAAAUCCAGUUUUGACUAAUAUUGAAAAUAAAGCGCCACCAUCGGCCCCUGCGAGUAGUAGUAGCAACAGCAACAGCAACACUGAAAAGGUUAAGACUGACACAGCACCGGCGAAACCAAAGAAAACUUGGGCGCUGAGUAACUUUGAUAUUGGCCGGCAGUUGGGACGUGGAAAAUUCGGCAACGUGUACUUGGCGCGUGAAAAGGAAUCACAGUUUGUCGUUGCUCUAAAAGUCCUUUUCAAGCGUCAAAUUGGGGAGACCAAGGUAGAGCAUCAGGUGCGACGCGAAAUUGAAAUCCAGUCACAUCUGAGGCAUCCACAUAUUCUGCGUUUGUAUGCUUAUUUUCAUGACGAUGCACGCAUCUAUUUGGUAUUAGAGUAUGCUCCCCAGGGAACGUUAUUUAGCGCGCUGCAGGCGCAGCCAAUGAAACGCUUCGAUGAUAGCCAAUCGGCCACUUAUAUCAAAGCUCUCUGCUCAGCUCUUUUGUACUUACACGAACGUGAUAUUAUUCAUCGGGAUAUUAAGCCGGAAAAUCUACUCCUGGGCCACAAAGGAGUGUUGAAGAUUGCAGAUUUUGGCUGGUCGGUACAUGAGCCAAACUCGAUGCGAAUGACUCUUUGCGGCACUGUUGAUUAUUUACCACCCGAAAUGGUGCUAAACAAGCCACAUACCAAGAAUGUCGAUCUUUGGAGCUUAGGUGUGCUUUGCUUUGAACUGCUUGUGGGUCAUGCGCCGUUCUUUUCAAAAACCUAUGAAGAGACAUAUCAAAAGAUACUUAAAGUGGAUUAUAAACUACCGGAACAUAUGUCCAAAGCUGCGGCCCAUUUAAUAUCCAAGCUAUUAGUGCUCAAUCCGAUGCAUCGAAUGGCACUGGAUCAGAUUAUAUUACAUCCAUGGAUUGUAGCUCACACUCAGUGAAUCACUGAAUCGAUUGAAUCUUAAAUUCGUUUUAACAUUUUAAUUUUAUUGUUUCAGUUUCUUCAGUUUAUCUGACUUUGUUUGAAAUUCGCCUGAACGCCAGUUAAUUUAAUAAUUGCACAAAAAAAUAUU